UCGAUUGUAGUGGGAAAUGAAGCUCGUCCCGGUGUUUGUGAUCCUCGCUCACAUUUCCCAGCAUGCCUCAGGGGUGGAGGUGGAGGUCUAUGAGGGGGAGGAGUCUGUGCUACUGCCCUGUCAGGUUCCUGCUCCUUUAUCUAAAGACGAUGUAGUUGUUUGGAGACGUGACGAUCUGAAUCCUGCAAUCAUCCACACUCUCAUCAAGGAACACGAUGACAUUAUAAACCAAAACCCUCGUUACACCAGCAGAACAUCAGUCCAGAAGGAAGCCCUGCACACUGGAGACCUGAGCCUCACUCUGAGAAACCCUACAGUCUCUGACAGUGGAACCUACAUCUGCACCACCCGCAGCUUCGGAGAGGACAGGAGCACAACUGAAGUACAGUUGAAGGUCAAAGGACCUUCUCCAGUCUGGGUCAAAGUUGUCCCAGCUGUCCUGAUUCCCCUGGUUCUCUUGGCUGCUGCUGUUGCUGUCUUCAUGAGCCUUGUAUAUAAAAGGAUGAAGAAAACUGCAGUUUGCCAGCUCAAAGCAGUGGAUGUGACAGAGGGUGCAGAAAGUGUCCUGCUGCCCUUUGAAUCCAAAAAAUGUAAGAGAGAGGACAUCAUAGUGGAGUGGAAACGUAUCCAAGAUAAAGAAAUCAAGGCCAUCGUAUAUGAGCAGGGUCAGACACAGCAUCAUAAAAACAACAAACCGUUCCGACGCCGCACAGAGAUGAAGAAAGACCCACGGACUACAGGAAAUGCCAGUCUGACUCUGAGAAAUGUUAGCUGUGAAGAUGGAGGUGUUUACAUCUGCACCGUCUGCGACAAUGAGGGAAAGACCCUGGAACAGCAAGUGGUGGUGCUCUUGGUUCAUGAGGGAUGGCUGAAAACCAUCAGAGGUUUGUUCCACAUUGGCACAGAAAACAAUGAUGAGCCCGCCACUCCACUUUCUCUUCUUUCAAAGUAACUCUGUUUACUGCAGUCAGUAUGAGUUAUCUGAAGGUUUUGGAUGAUUGUUGGUUUGAUUAUCAGAGAAACGACUGCUUGAUUUCUUCAUUCAACCAUUGCUCUUUACACUCUGUAGACAGAAAUUGUCUUGCUGUGGUCUGUGCACUACAUUUUGGACUGGCUGUAUUCUCUUGACAAGAACAACUUGUUACAUUAACUUAUCCAAAACAUUAAUUUGCCUUUAUAGGCUAUAGUGUGAGUGUGUGUGAACAGAUAAAAAUUCUCAGAUUAGAGCGCUGCACGAAUGUGUGUGACUGGUAGAAUGAGACUUGUAGUAGAAAGCUAUUUGAAUGCUCAACUUGAAUAUAGUAAGAUUAUGUGUAAGUACCAGUUCAUAUAAACUAUGCAUAUAUGCACAGGAAAACUCAGAUGUCCGAGUUUUCCAACAGCACUUGAACAAAGCUUGCACAUUCAGAGUCUUAAAAGAGGGUUUUUUAAAAGAAAGAAAAGUCAGUAGAUAAUAAUUGAUACUAAAAAGAUUCUCCCCCAUAUUUGUAUCAAAAACAACAGCACCUCCUUCAGCUGACACAUCACCACAGCCAGGCACACAGCCCCUCCCCUCACUAGCAGCUGAACAGUUUCAGCAGUGAGUAAAGCUCCUGUUUUAACAGUGUUGAAAUAUUGAAGAGUUAACAUAAAAGUAAACCUAGCUCCUCAUGCUAACACUAGUUGUUUAACCAUUAGCACCUGAUAGCCACUUUAGCUUUCUGUUAUGUUAACGUAGCGGCUAUGGCUACUUAAUGAGAUAAUUUUUUUUAAAUAAUAUACUAUAUAGUGUUAAAAUUGCACACAAAUAUAAUGUAACCCGUGUGUGUCUGGUAACCCAUGCACACAUUUUUUUUACCAAUCUGAAAGUGAAUGAAAAUAAUGUCACAAAUAUUUGUAGACAUUUGUAUCCACAGAAUAGCAGUUAGUCAUCACAUCUGUGUAAAAUCUGUCUGAGUCAUUCAUGUUUAUUUAGUUGGUGAUGUGUCCAUUCCUAAUAAUAGUGGCACAAAAAUCACUGCACAUGAGUUGUAUGGGUCAUUUUUUGCACAUUUGUUACUAGCCUAAUUCCUCUCUGUAUGGCUCUUCAUCCCAACAGCAGCCUAAAGUUUUGUGUUUUGUGCACAUGAAUUUAUAAAAUAUUAUAUAAAAAACUGUGAAUGGGAAAAAAUGGCAAUGAAUUGAACCAUUAAAUGUUGGACAUGGGUCAUAUAAAUAGGCUAUUCAUUCAUCAGUGGAGUAGAUAUGGACAUUGUUAAAAAUAAAAAAAAAGGUAACUGACUCUAACUGAAGUACUAUGUAGCUAGUAAAAAAAUAGAAGAUACCACCGACAAACAGGUACAGUAUAAACAGAGACUAUAUUGAAUGCAGUAGAGAAAAAGGAACGCUACUGUAGGGGCAUUUAUUAAUUUUAAAAAAAUAUUUGAAACUACAGAUGACAGGUUACUGAUAAAAAAGGAGAGAGAUGGUAUCAGAGGAAUGACACACCCUUAAAUACUCUGUCUCCCCUAGUCAGCCUGCCAUGUAGUAACAGCCCAGUCUCCCUCGUUAUCUUUUUCUGUUGUUGUUUUUUUAAAAUAUUGUUUGUACUUUUACUUUAUAUGGAUUUCAAUAAUGAACUUUUGAAUGAAAGACAAGUUUAACACUUUCCUAUCAGUGUUGAAUAUUCUGUAGUUGGUUUUACUGUAUAGGACAGCAAGCAAGUGUAUCAUGUUUACAAUGUAAUGAAAUAAGAGUAUAUAUUUAAUGUUAAUGAACUGAUCAUUGUCAGAAAAAAGGAGUACUAUAAAGCUG